AGUGAAAAGGGGAAAGUUUAAGCAGUUUUGACGCGGAUCGCCAGAGAAAACAAGGCAGAAGCAACGGAAAAUACUUAUGCUGCAGCUUGACGAUCUUGCUAAAAAAAAUGGCCUUCGGCUAAGAAAUAUUACAAGUGAUUUAGCCUGAAUUCAAGUGGCCGAUGAAGGCACAAUGAAAGCCAUUGUAUUGAACGUACUAGUCACUGUCGUCUGUGGUGCAGCCUUAACCCUGGUUAAAGCUGAUAAAAUAUGUGCAGUUAGUAAAAGGGAUGCCAAAAGUUUGUCAGAAAAAGAUUCAGCCGAUGAUAUAGAAGAUGCUUUCAAUACCAAUAAUCAUACUCAGAUUGAAAAUGAUAUCAAGUAUGAAAAAUGCAAUCAGUAUUGUUAUGCAUUGUGGCGAGAAGAGAAUACAUCUAAUGGAACGAAAAUAAAUAUUUUUCUUCAAGGAUGCUGGAAGCAAGAAGGACAAGAAUGUGAAAACACAGAAUGUAUAGCGAACCGGUGGAAUAAAGCUCUAAGCAAUGCAAAGUUCUGCUGCUGCAGAGAAGAUUAUUGCAAUGUUAAUGUUACAGAUCCUUUCGAAAAUAAAUUACUCUUAACCAGUCCAGCAAGUAAGAAUAAUUUAAGUGUGAUUGUUGCAGCUACAGAAUAUUUAGAGCAGGUGGACUCGGAGCAUUUCAUGCUUAUAACAGUGACUACCUUAGCUUGCAUUUUACUAGUCACUUUUACAAUUAUCAUUUUAAUAUACCGAGUAUAUAGAAACAACAUUUUAAUACGAUUGGGAAAGCCACUGUCAUACAAUGACAAUUAUAACGAUAGCAGUGGCUUACGUACCGGUACUUACACAGUCGACCAUUUGAAACUUUCGACGAUAGUCGGUCAAGGGAGAUAUGGAUCGGUAUGGCAGGGUAGUAUGGGAGAUCAAGAAGUUGGAGUAAAGAUUUUUCCUGGACAUUAUCAAAGCUACUUUCUAAAUGAGCGAGAUUCAUAUUGUUUACCAUUUAUGGAACACCCAUCACUGUUACAUUAUUACGGUUCGGAUGAAAGAAUAAGUAUGGAUGGUAAUAUUGAAUACCUUUUGGUAUUUUCGUUUGCAUCUGGAGGAACUUUAACGGAAUUUUUACGCUACCAUACCUUUGAUUGGAUGACAUUUUGUAAAAUGGGACUGUCAAUAGUCAAAGGGCUCGCAUAUUUGCAUACAGAUAUACGAAGAGGAGACAAAUUCAAGCCAUGCAUAGCACAUAGAGAUAUGAAUUCAAGGAACAUAUUGAUCAAAGCCGAUGGCAGCUGUUGUAUAUGUGAUCUUGGACUCGCGGUUCAAAUAUCUGGAUCUAAAUACUUUUCUAAUGGAGAAGAACAGCAUGCCGAGACAAAAUCGAUUAAUGAUGUUGGAACACUGCAAUAUAUGGCACCCGAAGUACUCGAAGGUGCUGUGAAUCUCCGCGACUGCGAAAGUUCUCUCAAACAAAUCGACGUCUAUGCGAUGGGCUUGAUUCUCUGGGAGUUAGUAUCUCGUUGCACCGACGUUUAUGUUCCUGGCACUGAAAUUCCACCUUACAGGCAACCAUUUGAAAAAGAAAUCGGUCUUCAUCCAACAUUUGAACAGAUGCAAGUGUUAGUGUCUCGAAAUAAGGCGCGACCACUUUUAGAAGGGAACUUGAUUGACAAGCCUGGGGUGCGCUUAAUUAGAGAAACUAUGGAAGACUGUUGGGACUCCGAUGCGGAAGCCAGACUCACUGCCCUCUGUAUUGAAGAACGACUAAUGGAACUUCAGUCCCAUCGAAUUACAAUGUAUUUCACGGACGGGAGUCCCAUGGUGAAUUCCCACUGCGGACUUGUGCCUUCGACAACAAACAGCCUUUACAGCGACGCUCCUCAUCAUGACGGCGCUCAUGUCGUGCAGAUGAACACUCACGAUGGCAAUGAAGUUACUGUAGACAAUUUAGUGAUAUUGUCCCCGAGUGAGAGCUGCGUGCAGGAACACAGCGCCAAGAACUCAAAUGAGACAGCAACGAGUUGCAAUCUGGGCGUGCAACAGCUGCAGCCAUAUCAAGGCCGCAACCCAUGCAUGGAGCGCAACCUGAUGAUGCAGUCGGAUUCUUGCGAGGAACUGGGCUGCCACGGGAAUAUCCUCGUCAAUAAAUCCUCCAAGCACGCGGCCAAUGAUUCCAUUCAAUACGCAAAGCUUCCGAGCAGCGAGACUCAGAGCUUAAUGCCCCACGAUUACCUUAGUCAGCAACAGCAGCAGCAGCAACACCAACAUCAACAGCUACACCACGUAACGAGCUCGCAGCAGUUGUCACUUAGACCCGUGACACCGAUCCCCUAUGUUCAGAACGUCAUCUCGGAAUGCAGUGGUGGCAGUACUUCGUACAACAAACUAAAGCAGACCAACAUCCAAGAGUCGUGCUAUUCGGCCUUACCCAACAAGUCUCAGGACAUAUCGCGUAAGCGUCGUUUCUCUGGCUGGGCGAAUCUCAAACGGGUCCUUGCAAGCAAGAAGAUGCUGUACCAGCAUCACCAUCCGUCGUACAGCAAAUGCCAAAUCGAUCGUGAGGACUCAAAAUCAAAUCUGCUGGCGAACAAGAACGGCAAUUAUCAUCAACCAAAGAUUGUUGAAACGAACACAAGCGUUUUGCAGGCGGGCAGGUACAUGAACAGCGUCGUAACGAGCGGCAAGCCGGAGAAAAACAGCGAGAAGAGGAGCGGGACCGAGCAACAACAACAACAACAGCAGCAGCAACAGCUCUCUUCGAGGCCUUCGACCCUACCCUUGAUGAACCUCCGAAAGAAGAGCGAGACAAACCUGAGCCGACAGGAGAGCCUUGAUAAAUUCAACGAUCUCUUCAACACUGGUUCCAACGUCAACGUCGCCCUCAAGGAUUCUCACACGCGAAUAAAGACGUCCAAUGAGCUGCCACCGUCCGUGAGGAGGGCUGGUGGAAGGAGCAACCAAAGCGCGGCCGCGAGGUUCUCCCUGUACGACGACAGGAUGAUGUGCAACGUACUCAACGAAGCCAGCGGAGACAAAAGAACCGGCGAGAGUGGCGCGAUGUCAUCCAAUUCGGUACCUUUUGGCAUGGAUUUUGCCGACGAGCAGCUCACCAUCCAGUCCAAGUUCGAUACGAAAGACGUGACUUGCUUCUAAUCAAAAGUGGAACGGGGACGGACGAGGCCCGGCUGUAAAUUAUUGAGUGUGAGAUUUUAUGGGUUGACACGUGAAGAAACGAUUACGUUGAUAUAACGUAUAGGUUAGCAUUUUUCUUAGAGUUAGAGCGUUCUUCCCUUUUUCUUUCUUAAUGUCCGCCUAAAUUUGCUUUUAUUGUCUUAAAUUAUAAAGUCUUUGGAAUCGGGAGGCCCAUAUCUGUGGAGUAAUUGUGAAAUAAUUGUCGACUCCUGUGAGGUAGUAAAGUAUGUUUCAUAGGGAAAAUGAUGGCGGAUGAAAAAUUGACUUACUAUAUGUAAACGCUUAAAUAAUUUUUAUUUAUUAGUUAAUUAGUCUAAGCUGAAAUGUUGACGUCUAUAGAGUGGUAAGCUUGUCAACUGUGCGUGAAUUUUGUAAGCGAAAUUUUCGAAAUUUCGCUGAACUUCAUGCUUGCUGCAAUAAUAGAAACAAUGAAUACGUUUGGAGAAAAUUUAAAAUACUCGAUUUUACGAUGAUCUCAUUUCAAAUAUCUUGGUCUUUUUUUUAAAUAGAAGACCUUUAUUUAAAAUUGUGCGAUAAAUCGUAUCAGCUACGGACAAAUAUGAUUUAUUAAUAUUAUAACGAUGGCAAUAACGUGGCACGUUACU